ACAUACUACUUUAUGGAUAUUCCCUUUUUGCUUACAGACUCUCUAUACUCACAUUGUAACGGACAUCAAGAAUAUAAACGCUAAACACAAAAACAAUAAAGUGAAUACUGUGCUGCAGAAUUUCAUGUACACUAUGCUGAGAGACAGCAAUCCCACGGCAGCCAAGAUAUCUCUGGAUGUGAUGACUGAACUGUACAAAAGGAAUAUUUGGAAUGAUGCCAAAACUGUAAACGUCAUCACAACUGCCUGCUUCUCCAAAGUCACAAAGAUAUUAGUUGCUGGUUUGAAAUUCUUUCUCGGGAAGGAUGAAGAUGAGAAACAAGAUAGUGACUCAGAGUCUGAGGACGAUGGGCCUACGGCCAGAGACCUCAUGGUGAGAUACGCAACAGGAAAAAAGACCACCAAGCACAAGAAGCGGUUAGAGAAAGCCAUGAAGGUUUUAAAGAAACAUAAGAAGAAGAAAAAGCCAGAGGUGUUCAACUUCUCUGCUAUUCACUUGAUCCAUGAUCCCCAAGACUUUGCAGAGAAACUGCUAAAGCAGCUAGAGAGCUCUAAGGAAAGAUUUGAAGUGAAGAUGAUGCUCAUGGGCCUUAUAUCUAGAUUAGUCGGAAUACAUGAGCUUUUCCUCUUUAAUUUCUAUCCCUUUGUGCAGCGGUUCCUACAGCCACAUCAGAGAGAAGUGACCAAGAUACUUCUUUUUGCUGCACAAGCUUCGCAUCAGCUGGUGCCACCAGAGAUUGUCCAGUCAGUAUUAAUGACCAUCGCCAACAAUUUUGUCACUGACAAGAAUUCUGGGGAAGUUAUGACUGUGGGAAUUAAUGCUAUAAAAGAGAUAACUGCAAGAUGUCCUCUGGCCAUGAGUGAAGACCUGCUGCAAGACCUUGCACAAUACAAGUCUCAUAAAGAUAAAAAUGUAAUGAUGUCUGCAAAAACUCUCAUACAUCUUUUCCGUUCAUUGAAUCCUCAGAUGCUUCAGAAAAAAUUCAGGGGUAAACCUACUGAGGCUUCAUUAGAAGCCAGAAUCCAUGAGUAUGGAGAACUGGAUGCCAAAGAUUAUAUUCCAGGAGCAGAAAUAUUAGAGGGUGAGAAAGAAGAGGAAGGAGGAAGGGAAGAAGAUGGAUGGGAAAGUGCCAGCACAAGUGAGGAAGAUGAUGAAGAUGAAGAAUGGAUUGAUGUGCACCAUUCCUCAGAUGAAGAGCAGCAAGUAGCAGAGAACAUCAAAAGCAUGCCUGUAGAAGAACAGAAAUCUAGAGCUGCAGCUGUUAGCACAAGCAGGAUUUUAACUCAAGAAGACUUCCAGAAAAUCCGCCUCGCCCAGCUUUCCAAAGAACUCAACUCUGCACCAGGCAAGGCUAUGAAGAGGAAGAACAUUGAAAUAGACAGUGAGGAGGAGGAAAGAGGAGAGCUGCUUUCACUCCGGGACAUUGAAUAUCUACAUAAGAAACCCAAAUCUGACAAAGAAACAAGGCUGGCAACAGCAAUGGCUGGAAGGACAAACAGAAAAGAAUUUGUGAAAAAGAAAACCAAAAUGAAUCCAUUUUCCAGCUCCACUAACAAAGAAAAGAAGAAGAAGAAGAACUUCAUGAUGAUGAGAUACAGUCACAAUGUUAGGACAAAAAAUAAAAGGUCCUUCAGGGAAAAACAGCUGGCUUUACGAGAUGCCCUCUUGAAAAAGAGAAAAAGGCUUCUGAAAUAACAGUUGAAACAACAAAAGAAGAGAUGGUUUUAUAUUAUUGUGGGGUGUUACCCUAGAAAUGUUUGUGGUGUUAUA